AUUCACAUUUGCAUAGCCUUCUCAAACGAUAGAAAUACACUGAUCAUGUACUUGAAAUUAUUAAUCUUGUUAGUUGUUGCUUUGUAUAUUUUUAAAGUCCGGGGCAGGGUUGCAACUGUUCCCAGCCAUGUAUGCACAAUUCAGCAGGCAUACAAAGCUAAAACCUCAACAUCAUGUGGCUUGUUCGGUUGGUCUCGAUGCACAAGAUACAGAACGAGAUACAGGAGUAAGGGCGUUUGUUGCAGUGGGUGGAGAUCUGUUAGUUCUGGGUUAGCAUGUGAUCACGCUGUAUGUGGAGGAAAGAUUGACCCAGCAGCCUGUGAUAACUAUUUUUCUAACUCACACAUAAAAUAUAGUAAUGGUAUUCUUCAAAGAAACGUACAAGGUACAUGUGUUUCACCUAAUCGGUGUAGUUGUCCUAAAGGAUUUUAUUCAAGUGGAUCUACAUGUGGCAUGUGUUCGGCUAUUUCCUACUGCGAUCUAGAAACGUGCACAAACGGGUAUAACCAGAGAUGUUCUCGAUGUGAAGGUGUUGUUAGUGAGAGGGCUGGAUAUAGAGCUUACGUUGUAUCUUCCGAUAGACGUAGAUGUAACCAGGCGUGUUCAUGGCGGUCUAGUAGUACCCCAUGUUAUCCAGGAAGCUGCCCAACAGAACUUGCAAGUAGCUGCAGGUGUACAUCAGGGUUUACUGGAACAAAAUGUGACAGGAUUACGGCGAGACCAACUAUUUUGGAGAAUAUUGCAACUUUGACAGCCAGUACUGGAGAAAAAACUGAUGCUCCACCUAAUACUAAUAAAGCAUCAAGUCAAGAUACUGUAUGGACCAACAAUGUUAACCCCACCAGUCUUAAUUAUAGAUUUACUGCUGAAUACCAACCUCAAGUACCUUCUCGUCAAGCAUAUAUCAAUGAUUUUAAAGUUGGUAUUAUUGGUGGUAGUUUACAGAUUGCAAGGGUCGGCAGAUAUGCAAGAAAAUAUAUGGACAUUUCCUGUCGUGGUGCCAACAAGACAAAUCCAAACCAAGGAGCCUUUACCUGUGCACAGACGUUAACAAACUUUGGGCAGUUAUCUCCGCCCUUUGUACACAGAGAAUGGCUACAAUUUUCAAUGGUUGCUAACAAUGGAGGUUUUAUCAAGAUUGAAAAUAAAGAAACUAAAUUGGUGGAAACAAGUUAUCUUACAGGCUUAUCUCAAACAAGCAGAUUUAGCAUAACCUUUGAUACCGUUAAUCCUUUCCAUUGUAAACCUAAAUUAGGCUGUACCAAAACCAUGCUGACUGAUGUAGAUUUGUCUCGAUCUAACACUAAAAUGUUUUCAUGGGAUGGAUGGAAUGACACUGAUUCUGGAAUAAAAGAUUAUGAAUAUGAACUAUUUGAACUUCAUCGUGUAGGUAAUGAGCUUGGAACCAAUCAAAGGAUUAUAGAUUCAAGAACAACUUCUAGAGAUUUAUCUGUUACAUUCCCUAAAACAGCAGUAUAUUCAGUUAUUUUAUCAGCCUAUGAUAAAGCUGGUAAUUAUAAGAAAGCCAGACGAUUGGUUAUAUUUGAUGACUCAUCUUCUGUAAACACAACACAGGGAAGUGUUCUUAGAGCCACGUCUGCUCUUUCUUCUACCAAUUACAAAUGGCAGACUAAUUUAAAUUCUGUUACAAUCAGUUGGACUAAUAGAUUUAUCAACACUGUACAUCACAAUGGUCGGUUUCUAGCAGCAGUUAAAUCUGAACCUGGUGUAGAGUCUCAAUAUGAUGAUAAUGAUGGAUCGAGAACAACACAAGCUGUUGAUAAUGUUCAAGGUAUUGUCAAAUUCCUUACUGCUUUUAAAACGGAUCAUAAAGGUGGAAGCACCAUGCUUGAGUUACCUAAUAGUAGUUUUAAGGACAUAGGAAUAAAGCAAACAGUCACAAUAACUCCAAAUGUGAAAGAUGGGGAUACCUUGGCAUAUGCUGUAAGUGCUGUCGAUAUUGUGGGUAAAUUCAGAUUGGAAAUGAUAUAUGUUAACUUCGACAGUACAGCACCUGUAGUUGAAAAUCUCUGGUUAACAAAAGGAAAUGAGGUUGAUCUGGCUGUUCAUGGAGUUGAAGAGCUUGAUAAAUUAGUUAUCGAAUGGGUAGCCUAUGAUGAUCAUAGUGGUAUAGAGACUGUUGAAUGGAAGAUAUUAGAUCAUUUAACUCAAAUUGAACAUGGGUCACAACAUGUUCCGCCACAAGGAGAAACUACGAAAAUUCAAGAAUGCCAGACUAAAUACGCAUCAGCUGCUAGAGGACACAACUGUUACUGUAUACCACUAGGCAGUUGUUACCAUCGCCAUUUUCAAAUUAAACCAAGCACAACAACUACAGCUGGUGAAGGCAUCUUAAACAAUAAAAAUGCUGGUACUCAUGAUCAUGAUUAUCGUAUUGUAAUUACAGUGAUGAACCAAGCUAAAUUAAAAACAACAGUCACUAAAAAGAUAACAAUUGAUACUAGCCCACCUCAUGAAGGACCUGUGCAUGAUGGAAAAUAUGGUACACCGGAAGUUGACUUUCAGCAAGAUAGAAAAAUAUUUACCCACUGGGAAGGUUUCUUUGAUAGAGAAAGUGGGGUUAAGUUCUAUCAAUAUGGUUUUGGUAAAACUUGCUUAGAUACAAGUAAAUUUGCUUUGGAUCUUGCAGGGAGAGAUGAUGUAAAACAGACUACAGCCACCCAUGCCUCAUGGACAGCACCAUCUGAUGGUAAAUACUAUAUCACUGUGGUAGCUUAUAACCGAGCUUUAGAAGUAUCUAAACCAGUUUGUUCUGAUGGAGUUGUUGUAGAUAGAACAUUGCCUACCAUAAGGGAAAUAGAUAUAGAAGGUGCUAGAAUUAAAGGUGGUUUAAUUAAAGAAAAUAAUCAAGUAUCUUUCAUAUCAGACACUAGACGUAGAUAUCUACUUAAAGACCCGGAUACGGCUUGUAUGAAUAAAGCACAAGGUGUAGAAGUUGCUGAUUUGUUUCCCUAUGAAAGAUUUUCAAAUGGGAGCAUUCAUCAUUUCCCAGCUGAAAUGUUCUGUUUAAAAGAUCCUAUGUCAAACUUAUUUAUGUACAAGAUGUAUCUGUCAAUGCAUUCUCAUAUUUAUGUUAAUUGGACAGCUCAGGGUAGUCUGCAGAAUAUAGGAAUUUAUGACUAUGAAUUUGGUUUAGCGUCUUCUAGAAGUUCUGUAUCUGCUCCUGAUCUUCUGCCAUUUACUUCCACCCAUCAUCAUUCUUGGUACCAAGGUUACCAUCCACAACUUAGUGAUGGAACUGAAUUCUACAUCAGUAUUAAAGCUACUAAUAAAGCUGGUAAAGAGACAAUCCGGGUUCUAGGUCCAAUUAUUGUACAUACUAUUCCACCAACAUUUAAUGGGGAGGUAAACGUUAAUUUUGAAAAUGGGAUACUCAAAGCUGAUUGGUCAGGAGAAACUGUUUCUGAUCCUGAAUCAACACAACUAAAAUUUACUGCUGCUGUUGGGAGUUCAGACGGAGCUCAAGAUGUAUUACCUUAUUCACCCUUAAAAUCAGCUGUAAGCUGUAACCUAGCAACACCACCAUCUUGUACAGGCUUUACUCUUGUUGAUCUUCACUGGAAUUUACAUCACAGCUUUACCUACUAUGUUUCUAUAAGAGUAGAGAAUAUUGUCGGAUUAUACAGUGUGUUCACAUCUAAACCAUAUGUUCAUAAUACCAGAAAACCAGCCACAGGAGUUGUGUUUGAAGUUGUCCAACCUGAAGAAACAGCGAUAUUUGGUGUUACUGAAUUGGAAGACAGUGAUUUCCAGUUAUCAACCAGUAAAUUGACUGCUAGAUGGUUUGGGUUUGAGUCUGAUGAUUUAGCCCAGCACAUUACAUACAGUGUUGGCAUUGGGUCAAAACCAUAUUUUAGUGAUAUUGCAGAGGAAAAUAUUGGAAUCAAAACAACGCAUACAUUCCGUGGAAUUGGUCUUGAACUUCACAAGACAUAUUAUGUAACAGUAACAGCUAAAAGUGAUGCUGGAAUGACAAAGGCAUCAUCAAAUGGUAUCACCAUUGUUAAAAAAGAUUCUGAUCUGAGUACUACUGUUCAGAUAAACGAUGGUCCUGGUUGUAAUCAACAAGAUGAUGAAUUAGCCUGGCUGCCAAACCACCAUGCACAACAGAUUGAAGGAAAUUGUAAAUCUGAUAUUGACUACCAGAUAUCAACCUCAAUAUACCUGGCACACUGGGCGAUAUCAGAUCAGUAUCAACAUAUAUAUCCUGAUGUUAAAUGGACUUUACAAGUUAGACAGAAAAAUACAGAUGAUAUAUGGAGCAAUGUACUUGAUAAGAAUUUUCUAUCAAAUUCUGGUCGAAUCUCCCAGACAGUGACACUGGAUUAUUGUAAGACAUAUCGAAGUAGUGUGAAGUUCUGUUCAGGGGAUGUUUGUUCUCAGCCUGUGGUCAGUAAUGGUGUAACGAUAUUCAGUGAGCCAGAUAAACCUAAAAUGAAAGUAGACUACAAAAAGAUACAAGGUUCACAGUUGGAAGUUGGCUUGACUUACCAGAGUAACACAGAGGAUAAAGCUUGUUCCGUUGAAUCUUCCAUAGAUAAAUAUAUGUGGAGUUUAACAGAUAAUAAACACAGUAGUCACUUAUUUACUAAAUGGAACAAGGUGAAUGGUGUUCAGAAGCUCAGUGAGACACAGUUUCAGUUUACAAUCAAUUUAGAUGGUGAAGUUGAUUUUAGUGAAUGUAGAAGAUUAGCUAUACGAAUAUUUAAUAAAGCUGGUUUAUCAACCAUAAUAUCAUCAGAUAUUAAAAACUGUUCAGCUAUAGAUCCUGUAUUAAUUACACCAGCUAUUGUUAUAGAUGCUAUAGGACAACCAGUAAAUACAGACUAUAACACCAAUGCUAUGGGAAGAAAGAUUAAGUUAGAACUGAACGCAGCCUGGUUUAAACAAGAUGUAGACUAUACACCUUAUAAAAAUAUUAUAUCUGCUGUAUGGCCGACAUUAAGACACCAAAAUUAUAAGUGGGGAUUAAUUGAAGAUCAGUCUUUUUCAAGAGUAACACAUUUUACAAGAAAUUUGGUAUCCAUCAGGGAUCCCUGUUCACACCCUUCUGUUUUAGUCUGUGGAGAAAGUGACAAGGAAUUCAUCAACAUUUUCCCAUUGGAAAGUCUAAAACAUGGUCGUCGAUAUCAUAUCUGUAUCCAUGCAGAAGCUAAAAAUACAACUCACGAGAAAUGGCAGGAAGAUCUAGCGGAAGUGAAUGCUUGUAGUGAUGGUAUUACAGUAGAUUUAACAGCACCUACAGGGGGUCGAGUUUGGGUAGAAAAUCUUAAAGACUUCAAAUAUCAGUCAUCCAGCAGUGAUGUAACUGUUUACUGGGAUAAUUUUAUUGAUGUAGAAGAAAAUGGAGGAAUAACUGUUCAUCCCAGUGGAAUUUCACAAUACCAUUUGUCUAUAGGUUCCGUUGAAGGAGGAGAAGAUAUUGUAACUAAACAUAGUGUUGGCUUGAUUAAUCAUAAAAUAUUCCACCAUCUUUCUUUACAAAAUGGCCACACUUAUUAUGUCACUAUACAAGCCACUGAUUUUGUGAACAGAACGAAAACACUUUAUUCUGAAGGAUUUAUUAUUGAUAAUAGUCCACCAUUAUCAACCCACAAACCAAUACAAUUUACUAAUACUUAUAUACAGUCGAAUGAUGUUUUAUCUAUGUGUUGGACUGGGUCAUUCAAAGAUAUGGAAAGUGGUAUAAGUCAAUAUAGGUGGGCAAUAGGAAGUAGACCGGGUCACCAAGACAUCACGAAAUAUACCACCACACCCAAUGAUUGUGCUGAAGCCAAUGUAAACGGAAUGCUCUUGGAUGGUCAUACCUACUUCGUUACUGUACAAGCUAUUAAUGGUGCAGGAUUAUCUACUACAAUUAUAUCACGGCCUGUAACAGUCGACGCAACACCACCUACUGUAGGACACGUGAUUGAUGUGCUAGACUCUGACGGAGAUGAUGUAGAUUAUAUAACUAACCAAUCACCACUCUCCGUUAGAUGGCAAGGAUUCCAUGAUCCCCAUUCAUCCAUGAAAUACUAUACUGUUAAAGUUGGUACCUGUAAUGAUUGUGAUGACAUCAUUCCUGAAAUAAAAACGGGAACAUCUCAGUUUUUUACUUUCCCACAAUCCAAACUUGCUCCUGGAAUCAAAUACAUCACCACAGUAACAGGAUGCAAUAUGGCUGACAUGUGUACUUCUGCUUUUUCUGAUGGAGUCAUUGUUGACCACACAGCACCGAUUGUUGGUAGAGUGCAAGAUGGUACCAAAGAUUUGGAUAUAGAAUAUCAGGCUACAAGAAAAUUUGUUGGUGCUAAAUGGCAUGGUUUUAGGGAUACCGAAUCUGGUAUUGAGAAAUAUGAAUGGAGAGUAGGAACAACCACUGGGGGCGAUGAAUUACUGAAAGCUCAGGAGUUACCUGUGGUUGAACUAGCUUACAGAUCUAAUUUACCUGAUAAUAAACUAUUACCUAUUGAUACCAUAAUCUAUAUAACUGUUAGAUGUUAUAAUAAAGCAGGUUUAUACAGUGAGGUUACAUCUAAUGGUUUUAUGAUCGAUACAACAUUACCAGUUGUGACCAAGAAAGUUGUUCUGUCAUCAUAUAGUUCUAUUUUAUCAUCAACUGUUAUAUCAAAAUCUAGUAUUAAGAUAGAAUGGAAGUUUACUGAUGAUGAAUCAGAUAUAGAAAGACAAUAUAUUUCUAUUUCACCUCAUUUAUUGGGAGAUUUCAACGCUACCGCUAUUGAGAUUCCCAGUGUGUUAACUGAGUAUACAUUUUCAAGUCUAGAUCUACAUGACGGUAGUAAAUAUAAAGUUAAAGUUAUUGGUUGUAAUUUAGCUGGUUUGUGUCAGUCAAGUAUUACAGAUGAUAUAACAGUUGAUUCUACACCACCUACCAGAGGCAUGUUUGCUGUAGACACAAGCCAUGCCGCUGCUUUACAUAGAGAUAAAAAUGAAUGGAUCAGCUGGACGAUAAAUUUAAUAAACAUAGCAUGGUUGGGAUUUGCUGAUCUUCAUACUGGCAUAAGUGAAUAUAGAGUCACUGUUGGAACUAAGCCUUUCUUUACUGACCUCAAUAAGGAUGGUAUAGAAGCAACUUUCCAGCAUGUUAUUGGAGCAGAUUUUGACGAUGAAGGUAUGGUACAGACAGUUACCAUUGACACUAAACCACUUCAGAUUGGCAGUAGAAUAUUCAUAUCAGUUUGGGCUAUUAAUGGGGUUGGAUUUAAAAGUCUCCCAGCUCAUUCUGAAUUUGAAUUGGUUGAAGGAGGAAUAUUAGAUUUAGUCAGACGUUGUCAGCCCUAUGAUUGUGAAGGACAUUGUUCUUGCGGUGCACAAGAUAAAAAAUGCUCUGCUGCUCUGAAUUGUAAUGAUGUCUCCCAAGGGAAUCCAAACAACCUUAUACAAGUUACAGAUUUAGUGUCAACUGCUGCAGUUCAGCCACGUUACACAUCCUCUGAUAACUAUUUAGCUGCUAGAUGGAGAGUUACAAAUACACAAGGUCUUUCUGUUAUCAGAUAUGAAAUAAGUGCUGGGCAUUCAAAUGAAGAUACACCAACUGGUAUAUUUGAUUCAGAUGAAGACAGGACCUGGUUCGAUGUUGGUGAAAAUAUGAUGGCCUUUUUAGCUUUAGAUAAAAAGUUGGUAGAGUCUAUAUCAUACAGCAUCUUUGUGAGGGCGUGGUAUGGUACUGAUAAGUAUGCUGUAUUUAAAUCUCCUGGAAUUGUAGUACUGACGUCUGCCCCUAGUCUUGGUCGUCUUGCUGGAUCUACUGUAAAAGAAUUGGAAACUAUUACAAGUACUAAAGAUAUAGAUUAUCAAACAUCUAGUAAUCAGGUUAUUGUUGGUUGGAAAAAUAAAUUUAGAGGAGGAAUUCAUGGUUUAGAUUAUUUUAAACCGUACCUUAGCACACAUCCACAAGGACACAAUGUGCAUGAGACACCCACCAACAUAGCAGAAAAUGAGGUUGUUUACACAGCUACAGGUUUAAAUUUACAAGAGGCUAAGGAAUAUUAUAGUACAGUAUUAGCUUAUAAUAAAGCUGGAUUAGUUAGCUGGGCUAAUAGUGAUGGUAUACUCAUAGAUAAUACCCCUCCUACUUCUGGUAUUAUACAUGAUGGUGAUGACAAAAAUGUUAAAGAUUACCAGAGUUCUUCAUCAAUGGUAUCAGCAUCAUGGUAUGGAUUUAUUGAUAGUGAUAGUGGUAUAGUUAAAUAUUACUGGUGUAUUGGUACUGAUGUUAGUACUACAGGUUGUAAUAUACUCGACUGGAAGAAUGUAGGAUUAAAUACUAGAGUAUCUGUAAACCUAACUACACCUUUAAAUCAAGAAUCGAAGAUUUAUUGUAAAGUAUAUGCUAUAGAUGGUAGUGGCUUGAAGUCUGAAGUAGCUGUGUCUGAUGGUAUGAAAAUUGAUACCACAAGACCUGUUCCCGUUGAUGUAGAAUAUAUUGGUGAAAAUCUCAUCAAAAAUCCAUCUUUUGAGGAGAACGUGACAGAAUCAACUAAGGAAUGUGAUGACCAACUACCAGCAAAUUGGGAAGCUGACUCUACCUCUUGUAUUAAAACCGUCCAAUCAGAGUCGUCCGUUUCAAAUCAAGGCAGAGCCUAUAUCAAAGUGAAAGGCGAAAUACAACAAACUGUUUCUAAUUUGAAUGUCCAAAACGUGUAUCACAUUGUAGUGCAUGUAGGAUAUCCUCAUGAUGUCACUUCGCACCAUCGCAACAUUGAAGGUUUUGUCCAAUUAGGAAAGGAGAUUCACCCAUUUAACCUAGAUCCACAGAGAUGCCAAGGAUUAUGUGAUGUUGGAGGACAGCCAUUAAUAUUAUGGAAUAAAUUUACAUAUGUUUUCCAGCCAACAGAAUCAAGAGAAGUGAUUAAAAUUGGUACCAACAAAUUAAAUAUGAUAUUAGCUGUAGAUGAUGUAUAUGUGCAACAAAUUAAUUAUAUAGAUAUAACAAGUGAUUCUAAUCACUUAAUACAUCAUACAGUGUUUAGACCUUAUUGGUCAUCUCUUCAUCUUACCUGGCAUUUUAAAGAUGAUCAAAGUCCUAUUACAGAUUAUCAAUGGGCUCUUGGAACUGUUAAAGGUGGAACUCAGAUUCAGUCAUUCACUAGUGUGGGCAGAAAUCAACAUGCAACAGCCACUGGCUUAAAACUAGCCCAUAAUACUCUAAUUUAUCUGACAGUGCUGUCAACCAAUGCUGCAGGACUGACAACUGUUAGCAAAUCAGAGAGUAUUAUUGUUGAUAUGACGCCACCUGUAAUAUCAGAAAUAAACGAUGGUUUAGGUGCUGACGUCAGUUUUCAAUUGACCAGAUUGGUAUCAGUUAAUUGGAAGAUAACAGAUAAGGAAUCGGGCAUACAUAGUUGUCAAUGGGCCAUUGGUUCAACCCGUGAUAGUGUUGAUAUACAGCCAUUCAUCCCAGUGCCAAAUGGUCAAUCAAUUGCACAAGUUGAAGUUCCUGAAAAUUUAAUAGAAGAUUCUAGAGAAGUUUAUUCUACUGUAAGAUGUUAUAAUAAAGCUGGUUUACCAACUACAGCAACCACUGAUGGCGUUUUGGUUAUAAACAAGAUGUCUGUCAAUGCAGGUGGCCAGAUGGAUAUUUUGAAAGAUGAGGUGUCUGAAUAUCCGGUUAAAAAUGAAUGUCAUCCAUUAACGAAUGCAUUACGAUUGCAGUGGAAUUUAGAAAGCGGAGGAGUUGAUACAAAAUCAAUUCAGGUAUCAGUUGUUGGUCCAGGUUCUACUCUAGAUAAGGAAGUUCGAGUUAUAGAUAUUGGUUAUAACCAGGCUAAAUUAAGAAGUUUAUCACUACAACCUAACUCUAACUAUAAUGUUAGUGUUUCUACUAUAAAUGUAUUAGGAAGACAAGACAAUUCUUUAUCAACAGUAAUAACAUCUAAAGCACAACCUCCAGUUUUACAAGAUCUAUCAAAAAUAAAAACAGCCAAUUCAUUUGAUGGGAAAACAAUGGAAAUAUCAUGGAGAGAAGCAUUUGUUUCCACAUGGAAGAACCUGUAUUAUGAAGUCAGUUUGGGAACUGCUUUAGGUGGUGCUGACAUCAUGCAGUGGCAAGAAACAACAGUUCCCUCACUUUCUAUCCGUUUACCAGAUAAAGCUAAAACACCCAAGUUAUAUUUAACAUUGACGACCAUUGAUCCCUGUGGUUUGUCUCUAAAUUAUAAUCACACCAUUGUUGUUUAAAUUAAUUGACCAUCCAGAUGGAAAAACACCUCAAAUAUUUCUAUUUUUUUAUAUAAAGUCUGUUGAAAAAUAAAUUUUUGUCUAUUUCCAUAAAUAUAUAUUAUAUAAAAAGCCUACUGGAGAUCGCAGACAAAUAUUCAAACUCAAGAUAUCUUCUGUUCCUCUAAAUAUUUUAUGUAUGGAAGUACAAAAUAAUUUUCAGGUUAAUAUAACAGCAAUUUUAUUUAUGUGGGUACAAAAUGAAACGCUUAAAUUUGCUAAAUCUGUCAUACUUUGACACACGUUAUUAAAAUGGAGAUUCUUCACUCUUUUCUUUUAUGUUGAUUAUCAUCUCAUUAUUUUUGAAUUCUUUUACAAUCAAAUUUCAGUUUAGAAAUUGUUUUUGUUUUGGACUGUUUUCUUUUACAAUUAUUUUUAUUUAUCCACAUUUAAUGUGGAUGUCUUAUUUUCAUCAGCUUGUGAACACUGUCUAAAUCAGAGGUUUGGCAGAUAUUUUCAAAUUUGCAGGGUUUUGUCAUUAAUUGUUCACAAAUUGCCAAGUUUACCCCCCCCCCCCAUUAAUGCUUAAUGAAAUUUAGUGAAUGGCAAACAGAAAAAAAAGCGAAAAGCCCUCUACAUAAUUUAUAAAAAUAUGGCAAGGCUGUUCAUUUUGGUAUAAGGAAGAACUCUAUGGAUUUCCAAAACUUUUGGAUUGUAAAUAUCAAAUGCGUUAGAACUUUUGGAUUGUAAAUAUCAAAGGCAUUUUUGCUGAGUUAUCUUCUUGUCAUACUGGAACAGUCAAAGCUUAUGAACCCGGUAUACAUGGAGUUUCACUUGGGAGUUUUUAAAAACUUUAUAUUGUUCAUUUAGCCUAACAAGCAACUCUAUCAAAAUUCAUCAAAAAAAAUAUUGAAAUUGAUGAUAUCUACCAGACCGAGUUUCAAAUUGAUUUUAAAUUUUUUGUUUCAAAGAGUUAUAUUUACAUUUACAUUUUUACUUUCUCUGUAGAAUUUGUUGACAAUUUUAUAGCCAAUACCGAUGAUUUUGAUAAUGGUGCAGGUGGCCCUGUAUUAAGAUUUCUGAUAUAAGCCUGGUAUAUGUUAUAAAGAAAUACAUUCCAAUUUAAGAUUACAAUUUAUUUAUAUUUAUAAUAUUAUUAUUAUUCAAUGACUGUUUACCGAUAGCUCACCAAGAAUUAUUUUGUAGUCUAUAUUUUGCAUAAUUUUUGAUGGAUGUGUAUCUUUUGUUAAUAAACUCCAUUGUAUCAUAUAAUGUCGGGUUUGUCUCCAAUAUCAAUCAAAGGAUUGUACAACACAUUUCUUUAGUGUACCCCUUGUGAGAAAUUGAUGAUAAUCAUCUGAAGAUGUCAAGAAUAGAUCUAUUUCGACUGAUGAAUUAAUUGACUCGACUGAUGAAUUAAUUGACCAAGCCAACAGAGUUGAAAUUUGGGCCAUAUAUAUAUUGCUGUCUGUCACUUUUAUUAAAUUUGGAGUAUCUAUAAAUAUCCAGUAACUGUGAUAUGUUAAUAAAUAAAUGGCUAGCCUGGAGGUCGGGUGUUCGAUCCCUGCAUUGGCCGAGAAAGUUCAUCCAGAUUUUCCGGCGUGGUUCUCCCUUGUCAGUGAUGCGGGACGGAGGGGCUGACAAGGAAAGCUGUCUAGUCGUUCGGAUGGGACGAAAAACCGAGGUCCCGUGUACACAUUGGCGUGCACGUAAAAGAUCCCUUGGCAGUUGGAAUUCGAUAUAAGAGUAGGCCGUAGUGCCGCUGUGCGGGCAAAAUUUCCCUCAUAGCACACUGUAUGCCGUAUGCCCGUCUUCAUUAGCCCAGGUUAGGAGCAGAACAGUAGGACGUUAAACCCCAUUUCAUUUCAUUUCAUUUCAUUUAAUAAAUAAAUGUAAUAAAAGUCUUUUAUAUUUGUAUGUAUAUUUUUCUAAACCUUUAUUAUUAAAACAAAUGAAUUAUC